GUGACUGAAGGAGGAGAGAUGGACAGAAGGAGGCAGCAGGAGGGGGAGGACUGCACAGGAACAAUGGCUGAGGACUACAGAGACCUGGCCGGGCCUGCUCCAUGUCAUUGACUCGUUGCUUCAUGCCAUUGACUCUCUGUCCUCCAGACACAGGCUGGCAGCCAUGGACCGGAUGAAGAAAAUCAAGAGGCAGCUUUCUAUGACCCUCCGGGGUGGAAGGACCUCAGAAAAAAGCCCUGGAGACCACUCAGAGCAGAUCACCAUGGAAGACAAUGGCAGCAGUGACAAUGAGCCCAUCGUCCGAAAUGGGAGAAGCCUUUCGUCCCACAGCAUGCAAUCCUUCCUGCACCACUACACCGCCAGCUCCUUCCAAAAGCCGCCCAUCCCCCGGCCGCACAGUGCCGUCUGCCGGAGCCUCAGCUCUUACCUGAACCGGAGCAGCCGACUAGAGAUUGUACACGAAGACCUGAAAAUGGGCUCUGACGGGGAGAGCGAUCAAGCCUCCGGCUCUUCUGAUGAAGUUCAGUCGCCAGUCCGGGUCAGGAUGAGGAACAAUGCAGCGCGGAAAAUAUCCACAGAGGAUGUAAAUAAGCGCCUGUCCCUCCCCGCUGAUAUCCGUCUUCCUGAGGGCUACCUCGAGAAACUGGCUCUGAGUAGCCCCCCGUUCGAUAAGCCUUUAAGCAGACGACUGAGAAGAGUUUCUUUGUCGGAGAUUGGUUUUGGGAAGUUGGAAACCUAUGUCAAAUUAGACAAACUGGGAGAGGGUACUUAUGCCACUGUUUACAAAGGCCGGAGUAAGCUGACCGAGAACCUGGUGGCUCUUAAGGAGAUUCGUCUGGAGCAUGAAGAAGGUGCACCAUGUACAGCCAUUCGGGAAGUUUCCCUUCUAAAGGACUUGAAACAUGCAAAUAUUGUUACUCUGCACGAUAUCAUCCACACGGAGAGGACCCUGACUCUUGUCUUCGAGUAUCUGGACAAAGAUUUAAAACAGUACCUGGACGAUUGUGGGAACUUAAUAAACCUUCACAACGUCAAGCUCUUUCUUUUCCAGCUUCUUCGAGGACUGUCGUAUUGUCACCGACGUAAAGUUCUGCACCGAGAUCUGAAGCCGCAGAACCUACUGAUCAAUGAGAAGGGGGAGCUCAAACUCGCAGACUUUGGCCUGGCCCGCGCCAAAUCUAUCCCCACAAAAACCUACUCCAAUGAAGUGGUUACUUUGUGGUACCGACCACCAGAUAUUCUUCUGGGGUCCACUGAAUACUCCACCCAGAUCGACAUGUGGGGCGUCGGCUGCAUCUUUUACGAGAUGGUCACAGGGCGACCGCUUUUCCCAGGAUCCACUGUGGAGGAACAGCUGCACUUUAUUUUUCGGAUACUCGGAACGCCCACGGAAGAGACGUGGACCGGGAUCCUAUCUAAUGAAGAAUUUAAAUCCUACAACUACCCCAAAUAUCAUCCAGACCCGAUCCAGAAGCAUGCCGCCAGGCUGGAUACGGAUGGAGCCAACCUUCUCUCCAAAUUCCUUCAGCUGGAAGGAAGGAGAAGGAUCUCUGCGGAGGAAGCCAUGAAACACUUAUACUUCCAGGAACUGGGGGAAAGGAUUCAUAAGCUACCAGACACUACUUCCAUCUUUGCACUGAAAGAAAUACAUCUGGAUGAAGAGAACAAGCUUCGGCCAGCCACGGAAUCCGUUCAUAUACAGUCUCGAAGGCUCAGCCUCGUUCUUGGUUGAACGUUUGGAGGUCUAUCUUCGAAGCAAGCAUGUGGCCCUAACAGCUGAAGGAGCCCGAGGCCGGGCGGAGUCGGACUUGACUGCUCUUUGAGCCUGCAGUAGGUGGACAAGUGGACAUUAGGCAGUGCCAGCAUGUGGCAUCUACAA